AUGUCGCACGGUGGAGUAAAGUCUGCCAGAAAUGAGAAUAGUGCUCAGGUGGAGUCUAGAGAGGGCUCAGAAAGUCAGUCACCGCCGCCGGAUGGAGGCUGGGGGUGGAUGGUGGUCUUCGCUUCGUUUAUGAUACAUAUAGUUACCGAUGGCAUGACUUACUCGUUUGGCGUUUUCUACGAAGAGUUCCUGACCUACUUUAACGAGGGCAAAGGCAAAACGGCGUGGAUCGUAUCCAUCCUUGUUGGGGUCACGCUAAGUUCAGGACCAGUUUCCAGUUCCUUUGUUAACCGAUGGGGCUGCAGAUCAGUUACGGUCGCCGGUGCUUGCCUCUCCGCUGUAUGCGUAGUACUAUCGGCCUUUGCAAACAACAUCACAACACUUAUCUUGACAAUCGGGGUUGGUACCGGCAUUGGCUUCGGUCUCAUCUACCUUCCUGCUAUCGUCAGCGUUACAGUAUGGUUCGAGAGAUAUAGAAGUCUUGCAACUGGCAUAGCCGUGUGUGGAUCGGGACUGGGAACAUUCCUUUUUGCACCGAUAACCUCUGCCCUCAUCACGAACUACGGCUGGCGAGGCGCAAUGGCUAUUAUUGGAGCGUUCAUCUUGAACUGUAUUCCUCUAGGACUCAUGUUUCGACCUGUGCCAGAGAGGCCACGAACACCAGUCACUGAACCGAUGUUACCUCAGACCAACAACAAAUCACCACUCAAAAGGUCACAGAGCACAGAACACUUUUUACGAGUCAAUGGAAAAGUUGAUGAUGACGUAGCGAGGCUCACUCUUUCGCAGCCUUCAUUAAAUAAGCCACAAGAACAAAAGCAAAUGGGUUCACGUCAUGGGAGUGGUAUCAUGCAACGCCCCGAUGUUCUGUAUCAAGGAAGCAUGACAAGUAUAUCAAGAUAUAGAGGUACUUCCAUAGAUAGAACACAAAUUAGCACAAGGGCGCAAGAAAAACAAGAAACCAGGUGCGGCUGGCUGCCUUGCUCCGAUGAAUUCAAGAUAGCCUUAUCGGAAAUGCUCGAUGUAUCUCUUCUUAUUGAUCCUGUGUUCAUAUUAUUUUCAAUAUCAAAUUUCUUAACUAGUAUAGGAUUUUAUAUUCCAUAUGUUUAUACAGUGCCAAUGAGCAAAAACUUAGGAAUUGAGAAUCCAGCAUACUUGAUCUCUAUAAUUGGUGCUUCUAACUUAGUGGGUAGGAUUAUACUUGGAUAUAUCAGUGAUAAACCUUGGGUCAAUCGCCUAUUGGCAUAUAAUGUUUGCCUUACAAUUGCUGGAAUAAGUACAGCCGCAGCUAUGUUAUGCUGGGAGUUCUGGGGUCUGGCAAUGUAUGCAACCGCAUUCGGCUUUACUAUUGGUGCUUAUGUUGGACUGACUUCAGUGGUACUGGUAGAUCUGCUGGGAUUGGAGAAAUUAACAAAUGCGUUCGGUUUGCUCUUACUAUUUCAAGGCGUCGCGUCACUUAUAGGACCACCUUUUGCAGGUUGGUUGUACGAUACAUAUCACUCGUAUUCGCCUGGGUUCUACGUCGCUGGUGGAACCAUUUCCCUGAGCGGGAUAAUCCUAUUUUUAAUUCCGUUUCUCGAGAAGCGAAACAGCAGACGGGCCAGUGUAGUCCUGGAGCAAAUUUAG